GUUUGGAAGUAUUAAAAAUUAGAAUUUGAAUAUAGUGGGGCAUUUGAAUUUUGCCAUUUCAUCUUGACUUAUCUCGUUCGAUCAUGUCUGACGAUAAAAGAGACGAUUCAUGCUCUGUAAAAUCUUCUAUAAUACAGGUAAUUACUGUGAUAUGUAUUUUAAUACCUUUGGUUUGUUUUCUACCUGGUCUACCUCCGGAUAUGACCUUCAGCCAUCACAAAUUGACGACAGAACCAGUAACUUUGAAUGGAAUACUAAAUAAUGCAGACAAAUUAUUCCUUAAUGAAGUUAAAGGACCUGAAGAUGUAGUUGUUUUUAAUAAUGAAUUAUAUACAUCUACUCAUGGUGGUUAUAUAAAAAAACUUUCCAAUGGAAAAUUGAUUCCAGUUAUCAAGUUUGGCAAAAAUUGCAAUGAGGAAACUAUCAUAGAAGAAGACAUAUGUGGAAGACCCCUUGGAUUUCGUUUUGAUAAAAAAGGUUUACUUUAUGCUGCAGAUGCGUAUUAUGGCAUUAUAAAAGCAAAUUUAAGCACUGGGGAAGUAGAAACAAUUGUUUCAAAAAAGUUAGCUAUCGAUGGUUUUAAUCCAAUGAUACCAAAUUCUAUGGCACUUUCUAAAAGGACUGGUGAUUUAUUUUGGACAGAUUCCUCAACUACUCAUUUACUGAAAGAUGGACUUUACACUUUUCUUGGAGAUGGAAAUGGAAGGCUCUUGAAGUACAAUGCUGCCUCAAAAAAUAAUGAAGUUCUAUUAAAAAAUCUCCACUUUCCUAAUGGUGUUGCGUUAUCUGUAGAUGAAUCAUUUCUUAUUGUUGCUGAAACCUUUGCUAGCAGAUUACUGAAGUAUAAUUUAAAAGGCUCUAAUGCUGGAAAAGUAGAGGUUUUCACUUAUUUACCUGGAUUUCCUGACAAUGUUGAUUAUAUUGAUGGGCACUUUAUUGUUUCCAUUGUCGCCAGGCCUGAUAAAUAUUUUAAAACUUUAUAUGAAUGGCCAAUAGUUAGAAAAUUUAUAGCUCGUUCAAUGUCGUUGGUUGAAUAUAUUAUAGAAAUAUUGGACAGCCUUUAUCCAAGUAUUUAUCUUAAGAAAAUAAAUCAUUGGAUUGGGCAUUUUGAAUCUCUUCAUUCAAUUUCUACUCCAGCUGGGGCUAUUGUACUCUUCAUUGAUAACACAGGACGUAUAGUUCAAACAUUGUCCACAACUGAUAAUAAUAUUAGUGGCAUUAGUUCUAUGAUACCUUUCCAAGGAUAUUAUUAUCUUGGUUCUCCAUUCAAUCCAUAUCUUGGUAGAGUUAAAGCUAUUUAAAAAAUUGUUAUAACAUAUAAAGCGAUUCAAAUGAAGUAGUGAUUAGUAUAUAUAAUUGUUACAAACUUUUUUAUAAACAGCUAAUAAAUUUAAAUUUUACUUUAUAAUAAAAAUUUAUUCAAUUGUUUAGUUUUUUAUGGACCCCUAUUGGCAUGCCUAAGGAAUCCUCUUCUUGCAAGUAUAUAAGCCAGCUUUUAUGUAGAACAAAACCAGUAUUAGCAAUAUUAUUCUUUUAGUUUUUAAACCUUAACUAGGCAAG